UUUUUAGUAAGGACUAUCUCACUUAAGUCAGAAGAACGGGCAGGGAUUGGUGGCUCCAUCUGUCCCUAUCCGCCAUUUUAAAAUAGGGCGGGAAAACAAGAGCAGCCCCAGUUACGUUUUCUUUCAAUGCCAACUGUCCCGGAAGUUGACUGAAGGAAGAGGAAGUGACUGGGAGGAGGAGUUGCCGCUUGGCCUUCAUGGCAACACCUGCGGGAGUUCGGUAGCUGAGAGAGACUCUGGACUGAGGGAAAGGCCAGCUUUCUUCGCUCCUUGCCAUCUUGUAUUGGUUGGCUACUGUCGCUCACUGACAAGGACCGAUUUCCUUUUCCCUCGUGUCGGAGGCGGCGUUGGCAGCUCCGUGUGAAGCUCGCUUUCUCCCUCCCACUGCCCCGUUAGUAGUCGAGCGAGAACUUACCAUCGGAUGUCCCUGGGGCGGCCCUUUGGAAGGAAGGCGGCCUGAUCCCAAGCGGCCUUAGAACCGUCUCACUGUAGGCCCUUCCGCACAGGACCCGGCUUCGGAAGAAUUGGAAGCGUCAAGGUAGAUAGUCCCUUCCGGGAGGGAGACUCCAGGUGUUGCAGCCAGCCCCAGGCGACGUGGCAGCUUUUGGGCGAAGGAAGGAGGUAGCAUCCUCCAGCUUGCUGCUCUUGGCCCAUGAGGUUUGUUUCUCCAUCGGGGGCCGCGCAGGCGAAUCCACGGAAGAAUUAGUGGGCCUGUUAUAACAGCUGAGCAAGAAGUAGAAAUAGACCAUGGACGACUUCUUGUCUAUCAGCCUGCUCUCGUUGGCUAUGCUGGUAGGCUGCUAUGUGGCUGGGAUCAUCCCUUUAGCUGUCAACUUUUCUGAGGAAAGGUUAAAGCUGGUCACAGUCCUUGGUGCUGGCCUCCUUUGUGGGACUGCUUUGGCUGUCAUUGUGCCUGAAGGAGUACAUGCCCUUUAUGAAGAUAUUUUGGAGGCAAAGCACCAUCCAGUCAGUGAGACUCAAAAAGUGGCUGAAUCUGAGAAAGCAGCAGAAAUGCCAGUGGUGUACGACCAUGACCAUGACCAUUCAAGAUUACAUGCUUACAUUGGAGUUUCUCUCGUCCUUGGCUUUGUCUUCAUGCUUCUGGUGGAUCAGAUUGGCAGCUCGCAUGUACAUACAGCAGAUGACCCAGAAGCAGGAAGAUCAAGCAAUUCCAAAAUCACUACUACUUUGGGAUUAGUUGUUCAUGCUGCAGCGGAUGGUGUUGCCUUAGGUGCAGCUGCCUCAACAUCUCAGACCAGUGUCCAGCUAAUAGUAUUUGUUGCAAUUAUGUUACAUAAGGCACCAGCUGCCUUUGGCCUAGUCUCUUUUCUUAUGCAUGCUGGUCUGGAACGGAAUCGAAUCAGAAAGCACCUCCUGGUUUUUGCACUAGCAGCACCUGUUUUGUCAAUGGUGACUUACUUAGGGCUAAGCAAGAGCAGUAAACAAGCCCUUUUAGAAGUCAAUGCCACUGGAGUUGCCAUGCUUUUUUCUGCAGGGACUUUUCUAUACGUUGCUACAGUUCAUGUCCUCCCUGAAGUGGGUGGCAUGGGACAUAGCCACAAAGCUGAAACUACAGGAGGAAAAGGACUCAGCCGCUUGGAGGUGGCAGCUCUAGUCCUGGGAUGCUUGAUUCCUCUGAUCUUGUCCAUUGGACACCAGCAUUAAAGACCUGAAGUCUAGCAAUGUGCUCCUCGAUCUGACAUGAGCAGCAAGUUUGGGCUGCUCUUUUAUCAUUGUCUCUCUUACCUUGUUAACCACCCCAUCUGUUUAAGGAGUCAGAGAGAAGCAUGACUGCAGAAGGAGGAAUUCUGGGAGAGCUUUUAGUGUAGCAGACCCUACUUUGGACAGCUGGAUAUUAAUUCUGCAUAACUUUUCUGAAGAUACUUAAAUUAUGACUUCCUGCCCUAUUCUCAGGGAAGUUGAAAUUUCGAUUUUAUGGCAAAUGAUUUGGGAAGAACUUUGUGGCUCACAAUGAAAUCAUAAUCACCAAAGUAUUCUGUGUGUCAGCAUCCAGAGCUGCCUUCAAACACAUGGGACUCCUUUUCACCACCUCAAUAUUUUACAUAAUGAUGGCACAGGCUAUCUGGGGGAAGAGACAUCUGAUAUAAAUCUUGGACUGUAAGAACUGUUUGGAUAAAGCCUGAGACCAAUUUAGGAGACAAAAGUCUUGCUAGAUAAGCAUCUGGAUGGGGAUCUUGUAUUGCAUUAUUAGGAAGUUACCCUUCUUGUGCUUCUUGAUUAUAAUGAUCUAUACUGUAGAGUGAGGCAGCAGUGUUGGGCUGAGAGUUAGGUUAUUUUGAACUCUGACAAGUAGGUGCUUAUUGUAAUGGAUACUGUACCAAUUUAUUUUAAAAGGCCUAAUUUAAUUAAAUAAAAGAAGAUUAAGCACUGGUCAGCCAGAACAAAGUAUUUUUGCAGAGGUAGAUGCUGUGAUCACAGAAUCCUUAAUGUUUACCAUUAUUAGAAGCAAAAUAAGUAUUCUGAAUUGGUGUGAGACUGUUUGAAUUAGGUCCCACUCUGUCUCGCUUUUGGAGUCUUACACUUAGUAUUGACUGAGUGCAGCUCUGGAAUGCAGUGUCAGCCUUUGCAUGUGAGAUGCUACCUUUGGCUAAUAACAUUUGUUUUGUUAGGAAAGACACAAGCCACGGGCAGAAACCCAGAAUAUCCAAAGGCAUAUGUAGAUUCUAGCACACAAUUUUUACAACAAAUUAGAGGUGCAUCUUUACUUCCAUUGCCAAAUGUUUCUUUGUUAAAAUAGUCACAUUUUCAUUGUUUGCAAAAAAGAUAAAAAUAUAAAAUAA